CGACUGUGGCGGAGAAGGCCCGGAGGCGCUCUGCGUUCUGGAGUGGCGGUACUUGGGCUAGUGGCAGAUAGCAGGGUGCUGGCGCCGCGACUGAGGAGAACGGCGAGUCGGUUCGGCGUUUCGCAUCGGGGUCCCCGCAACGAUGAGUGCUGCCAGGGAGUCCCAUCCGCACGGGGUGAAGCGUUCCGCCUCCCCAGACGACGAUCUUGGAUCUAGCAAUUGGGAGGCAGCAGACUUAGGUAAUGAAGAAAGAAAACAAAAGUUCUUGAGACUCAUGGGAGCUGGAAAGAAAGAACAUACUGGUCGUCUUGUUAUAGGAGAUCACAAAUCAACAUCUCACUUCCGAACAGGGGAAGAAGACAAGAAAAUUAAUGAAGAACUGGAGUCUCAGUAUCAGCAAAGUAUGGACAGUAAAUUAUCAGGAAGAUAUCGACGACAUUGUGGACUUGGCUUCAGUGAGGUGGAAGAUCAUGAUGGAGAAGGUGAUGUGGCUGGAGAUGAUGAUGAUGAUGAUGAUUCACCUGACCCUGAAAGUCCAGAUGACUCUGAAAGUGACUCAGAGUCAGAGAAAGAAGAAUCUGCUGAAGAACUCCAAGCUACUGAGCACCCUGAUGAAGUGGAGGAUCCCAAAAGCAAAAAAGAUGCAAAAAGCAACUAUAAAAUGAUGUUUGUUAAAUCCAGUGGUUCAUAACUCGCAAACACUUAGUCUUUGUAUUAAAAGUAAGCCUUAUUGUUAGAAUGCACAGUGGAGGACUGCUUGUAGAGCACAGACCUUUGUAUUAUAAUUUUUAAAAAGGCUCUUUUAAAUAAUUACAAAGAGUGUUUGCUUUCAGAUGCCAUGGGUUACACUUUUAUGGGCAUGACUAUAACCAUUUUUGUAAAGAGUGAGAGUUGUAUAAAAUAAGAAAUAAAUACAGUACUCAAUUUCCUUUCA